AUGACAAUAGAUAUGACCUCGUCUAUGAGGCAGGCACUAAAGCUAAACUCCCGACUUGUUUGUACGAAAAUCGAAAUAUUGAAUUGACAGAAAUAAUUGAAUUGACAGAAAUACGAAUAGUUUAUUAGCAAAGUGAURAAAAAUGCGUCAAAAAAUUAUCGUUUGGAAAUUAUUUAAGUCAAUACUUCAAUCGGAAAGUAAACUUGCAUUCUUUCAUAUCGGAUGGGAGGAAACUGUAGUCCAAAUUUAGGUAAAAGAAAGAUUUCAUUUUCUAAGGGUCUGGUCAAGAUUUCAGUUUCACAAGCAAGGUUUUAUCAGUUGGGGGCGUCGAAACUGAACCUGCUUUUUUGUGCUGUUGUGGCCAAAAGAAACAAGAAGGGAAGAAAMGAAGAAAAGAAGAUAUGAUUUCGAGCGAGGAUAUCGCGCUUAGAGCGGCUUUCUCCUUCGUAACUGUUGUAGGAGUAACUGGCAACGUUUUGGUCUGUCUUGUCGUUCUUCUCAACAAACCAAUGCGUACAUCAAUGAACUAUCUCCUCGUCAACCUCGCGGUGUCGGACAUGAUGCUGUUGGUGUUUUUCAGYCCAACGUUCAUCUUCAAAGGAACAUAUACCCACCCAGUUGGUAUUAUUGGCGAUAUUUUUUGCUCGUUGAUAACGGGWGAGACACUCGCAUGGAUUGGAGGGUACGUUUCUUCURCRUUUCUGCUCGCUGUUUCUGUCGAGAGAUAUUUUGCAGUUGCUUACCCACACAGCUAUGGUACCAGCUUCAUCACUAAGAACUUGAAACUUUUAGUCGCUGGUUGCUGGYUGUUCUCCCUAGCSUGGAACUCGGUUGGGUUUGUGUGGAAACGUUAUAAYGAGAAAAAUGGUUGUGUGAUCUUAUGGACUGAGGUGCAGUUUAAGGUCUACAGUAUGCUAUCRUUCUUAAUAGUGGGACUUAUCCCCAUGGUAACAAUGGGAAUAUUGUACUCUAGGGUUGUAUAUCUUCUAUGGUUUAAAAAUACCAUUAUUCGACUCGACGAAGAACAACAAAGAAAGAAGAAAAAAAGAGCAACAAAAAUGGUUCUAAUCGUAAGUCUUGUGUAUGCUCUCUGCUGGUUUCCCGAACUCACUGUCUUUGUGCUACUUGCUUAUUCACCUGGAUCAGUKAAKUUCGAAGUGGCCUAUCCCGCCACUGUAGCCUUAUGCUGCGUCAACUCCGCCAUUAAUCCGAUCAUUUACAGUUUCCAUAACAACCAGUUUCGUCAUUACCUCAAGAAAUUGGUAUGUGGUUGCUGUAGCAACGAUUUUGAUAACAGUUUCAUCUCGACCGGCGAUAAAAGUGAUGCACGACAAGGGAAUGUUGCUCAACUUCAAGUACAAUCUUGUUCAUCUUAAGCAACGCAGCACAAACAAGAAUAUGGCUUCAAAUGACAUUAGAAAAUUGCGAGCAUUUACAGUUUUUCGCAACCUUUGAACUGAACACGUGGUUUUUGCCCAAAAUUCAUCAGCUUCACUUCGGAAUAUCUAAGCCUUGCAACUAAGAAUACGUACGUCCAAACUAAUGCGUUUUCGAAACGCUUCGUUUUCGUCUCACCGUAAAUGUAUCGAAAGCUUCGCGUCCACACUCGCGAUACGUUCGGAAAUGACACAAAAAACAUCUGCGCAUACCAAAGACAGAAGUGAAUGACGUCAGCGUUUACAAUGGCCUUCAUUUCCGCCCGGUCCCACUAAUAGGAUAGGAUAUUACGAUGUGGGACGAGGCAUAACAUUUCGAAAAACAUCUUAGUACAAGAUAAACAAGAAACAAACAACUGACAAGGAAUAAUAUAUUUUCGUCUUUCGUAAAUAGAACAGAAAAAAUGUAUUACUUACAACUUUAUACAAUGAGCUUUUAUAAAAAGAACACGGUUGGCGAAGUUUGUAGGUCGUGCACCAAGGUUGAAAUGUAUAAUAUUAGUUAAAGAAGAAUCAAGUUAUCCUUCAGUAGCAUUGAAUCGUGAAAUGUGUAGAUAUCAAUUCAGUAAGGCCAUACACUACGGUCAUCUGAUUAUCUGUAAUGUAUGGUCUCACUUGAUUGAUAUCUAAGUAUUAAGUUCUAAGGACCGAUGUAGUUCAGUUUAKUUUAAAUCAUUUAUUCAUGCCGUUUAGUUGAUAGGAUCUAUUGUAAUUGGGGAAAACCUGUAGUAGAUUCCUAGCCUCUCUUAUUUGAUCUCUUAUUAUUCAGCGAUACAUUUUGUAGUCUGUUUUCUUUAACCCACUAGCUAUUGAUAACCUAAGAGUUGGCUAUAAGUAAAAUAAAAUAAAAUAAA